AGUUAUUCUUUCAGGUAUGCUUGUGGAAAUUUUUUUACUGCUGCUAUAAAAAACUUAACAGUUUGGUGUAGUUGCAUGACCAGCUAAGAGGUUUUUAUUAUUACUGUUCAGAUAACAGACAUGUAUAAUUCAGUUGUGCUUACACGAGGGGAAGUAUUUAAUAUCUGAUUAUGCAGCGCUUGCUUUGGACACAGCAGAGAGCCAGAGAGGCGCAGAAGUUGCGGCUUCUUGAAGAGCUUGAAGACACUUGGCUCCCUUAUGUGACCCCUAAAGAUGAUGAAUUCUACCAACAGUGGCAGCUGAAAUACCCCAAACUAGUUUUCCGGGAAGGCGGCAGCAUGCCCGAGGAGCUCCAUAAAGAAGUCCAGGAAGCCUUUCUCGCGCUACACAAGCAUGGCUGCUUAUUUCGGGACCUGGUGAGGAUCCAAGGCAAAGAUAUACUCACUCCAGUCUCUCGCAUCCUCAUUGGUGAUCCAGGCCACACCUACAAGUACCUGAACACCAGGCUGUUCACAGUACCCUGGCCGGUGACGGAUUCUACUGUAAACUACACUGAUGCAGAAAUAAGCGCUGCUUGUCAAACCUUCCUCAAGCUCAAUGAUUAUCUGCAAAUCGAAACCAUUCAGGCUUUGGAGGAACUGGCCAUCAGAGAGAAGGAGAAUGAAGAUGUCGUGCCAUUGUGCAUAUCAGAAUUCCCCAGGAUGGGCCUGGGGUCAUCUGAUGAUGGCCAAGAUGAAGUGGACAUGAAGAGCAGAGCAGCGUACAACUUGACUUUACUGAAUUUCAUGGAUCCACAGAAAAUGCCUUACCUGAAGGAGGAGCCUUAUUUUGGCAUGGGGAAGAUGGCAGUGAGCUGGCAUCAUGAUGACAAUUUGGUGGACAGGUCAGCGGUGGCAGUGUACAACUACAGCUGUGAAGGUUCUGAUGAGGAAAGCGAUGAGGAUUCCAAUCUCGAAGGCAGAGAUCCUGACAUUUGGCACGUUGGCUUCAAGAUCUCAUGGGACAUAGAGACGCCCGGCCUGGCAAUACCGCUUCACCAAGGAGACUGCUAUUUUAUGCUCGAUGAUCUCAAUGCCACCCACCAGCACUGUGUUUUGGCUGGAUCACAACCUCGUUUUAGUUCUACCCACCGAGUGGCGGAGUGCUCCACAGGAACCUUGGACUACAUCCUACAGCGCUGCCAGUUGGCUCUUCAGAAUGUCCGUGACGAUGUGGAUGGGACCGAUGUUGCUUUAUUGUCUUUCGAGCCUGCAGUUUUGAAACAAGGAGAAGAAAUUCACAAUGAGGUGGAGUUUGAGUGGCUGCGACAGUUUUGGUUUCAAGGUCACCGAUACAGAAAGUGCACCGACUGGUGGUGUGAACCCAUGACCCGAUUAGAGGCGCUGUGGAGGAAGAUGGAAGAUGUGACAAAUGCCGUGCUGCGUGAGGUUAAAAGAGAGGGGCUCCCCGUGGAACAAAGGAAUGCGAUGCUGACUGCCAUCCUGGCCUCACUCACCACCCGCCAGAACCUGCGGAGGGAAUGGCACGCCAGGUGCCAAUGUCGAAUCGCUCGAACUUUGCCCGAGGAUCAGAAGCCAGAGUGUCGGCCCUACUGGGAGAAGGAUGACCCUUCCAUGCCUCUGCCGUUCGAUCUCACAGACCUCAUCUCCGAGCUCAGAGGUCUGCUUCUGGAAGCUAAGUCCUAGAGGGAAGCCCAGUCCUGGGCGGAAGAAGACACAACCCCUUUGGCUUUUUUCUCCUUCUACCUUGUCAUGCUUGGGCUUGGCCAACGGCAGUGUAAACACCUCUCAACCUUUGGAUUCUGGAAUCUGGAGCCCAGUUUAAUACAGCUAGGGAAUGGAGCCCAGCAGGUUCAGUUCUGUCAAGAUGAUGCCAUGUUAGAAUGUGAUUUGAGAUGAAACAAGAAUUUACCCCAAAAUAAUGUCGCAGCAGGGAUGAGGCCCAGCUGUGACAAAGCCACAUUUCCUUUCUUUUCACUCAUGCCUUUCCAAGAGGCUUCACAGUGGACCCAGGCUUCUGUGGGGAGACAGGACAAAUGUCCAUCUGUCCACCCCAGUUUCUUCCGACAAACUCUAGAGUGGAAUAGGCAAGGCCAGUUAAGUCAUUUGGUCUGGUCUUUGCCAAGGCCACUACAAGACAGGACUCAAAAUUCAGUAAACCAACAGCAGGCUAACGUGUAAGCUGGCUGUUUAAUAUGACCCACAAAUGAUGUUAUAAAUGUCCAAAUAACCUUUGGCUAGAAAAGAGGUUCCCUCCCAGUGGUCUUAAGCUUGCGGGAGCCACCAGGUAGCUGUGGCUGCUGAAGUUCAAAUCCAUUGUUAGUUAAAAAUUUACUCACUCCUGUGUCCUCGCCACAUCGCAAGUGCUUAUUCACCCUGGAUGGCCAGUGGCUAUCUUCUUGGACAACACAGAAAGAAACAUUUUUAUCAUUGUAGCAAGUCCUACUGGGCAACACUUCUGCUGAAAGGCUCAAAGUAGGAAUUCUCUUUUCUCCAUCCCUGCAGGAGAAAGACCUUUAAGGAGAGCUGCCCAUGGCAUUUUCCCUUCUCUGAGACAAAGCUGAGCCAGCAGCCCGAGUUCUGAGCUGGGUGCUCCAAGCAUAGAGGGGGGUGUUAGUAAUUCCAGUACAGUUGGCAUGCUGGCCACAGGGAAUUCCCACACCCUCAGAAGACGGACACACUCUCCUCUCCCUGCAAUGUCCAUGGCUUCGUGGCUUUAACAGACAUCACAAGGGUUCUCGCCUAUAAUUCCCUUUACUCCUAUUUCCUGGCAGGUGCACCUGAGCCUGGAAGAACCCCAGUGCCCCAGGGUGAUAACAUUGGGGUGUCCUCUGAAGGAGAGACAGGGCAGUUGCAGCAGGGUUAAGACUCCCCACUAGCUCUGUGACCUUUGGCCUCAGUUUCCAUCAUUUCUACUAGGGAAACACUAGAUACAGCAGCCCCCAAGAGCUAGAUAAAGUGGGACAGCCUAGCAACAGUUAGGACAGUUCGUGGCAUGAUUUUAAGUACCCCCAUGGAUUUUCCUAGUAACCUACGCCAUGAGCCAAGUGUGUUCCUCUCCCUUCCUCCCAAUGCCAGCUUCGUCUCAUAGCGUCACUUCCACAUCCCUGUUUUCUGACCUGAUUCCUACCUUUUGAUAUCCCCAGCAAUCAUGACCGGAGUGAGCCCCUCCUAUCCCAUCACUUUCUCUUGAACAUGCUCACACUAGGGUAGAAACCCAGGAGCUCUUGUCCUUGGAGAGGCGCCCCAAGAACAGACCCCCUGCCUGCCAUCAAACCACGUGGGCUCAGGGGAUGAGGCUUUCCUGUGGACUUGACAGCCACAGAAACAUGACGGUCCCCAGAGCUGAGAGUCCGGGUCCUCGCACCUGUUGUCUCCAAGCCUCAUUUUCUCCUAUCAGUCAAACAGAAGCGCCAAGUGCCAGCUCGCAGGGCUGUUGUAGAGCUUGAGUGGAGUCACUUGGGCCAGGAGUGUGUGGUAUGCAAAUGUCACAGAUCAGAGCCCCUUGGGCCCUGCAGCUCGUGGCUUCAUUGAGUUCCCGGAACGUCGGUUCUGUUUCAUUUGGCACCCAUCUUCAACAAUUGAGAAUGUGUGCUUAACACAAAACGUACUUGUCCACAUCGUAGAAUGCAGAACACCUCGCAGUCUGGGCCUCCGUCUGAACACAGCAGCCAGCUGAGUGGUGUCUCCCUAGUACGAGGCAGGUAGACCCUGUUAUCACUUACCAUCAACCUGCCCUGCCAAGCCUGUUUGUUUGCUGCCCCUGUAGUAGAAAUGCAUUAGUUAUAGUGCUCCCCACAAUGUAUUCAUAGACUAUACUAACCCAUCCUAAGCAUUAUACACAUUUAUAUACAAUAAAGAUGUUGAAAGAAUGA